GCUAGACAUACCAUGUUACUAAUAUUAGUUAUUAGUUUUAUAAUAACUUUAUUUUUUGUGUAUGUAAAAUGGAAGCUCACCUAUUGGAGCCGCUGCGGGCUUCUCAACCGGGAAACUAAGUUCUUUGUGGGGACAAUUUGGGGGCUUCUAAAGCAAGACAUCGGUUACGCUGAGCACAUCAAGAUUACAUACGAUUUUUUGAGGAAAAAUAAGCAAAUCCAUGGGGGCGAUUACUUUUUUCUGCGGCCGAUUUACAUACCGGUGCACCCCACGGUGGUCAAACACGUCAUGUCGUUGGAUUUUCCGAGUUUCACCGAUCGCGGUCUGUACUACAACGAGGAAGAUCCCAUACACGCCAACAUGUUUUUCUUCGGAGGCACCAGGUGGAAAAAAUUGCGCACCAAAAUGACCCCGACGUUCACCUCCGGCAAGAUCAAAAUGAUGUUCGACACUCUAACGCAAUGCAGCACCCAGCUGGAAAUGGAGAUCGACAAGAAGCGCAGCGAGCCCGUCGACAUCAAGGACAUCCUCGGACGAUACACCACGGACGUGAUAGGAUCAGUGGCGUUCGGGGUCGACAUCAACAGCCUGAAGAACCCCAACUGCAAAUUCAGAUACCUGGUGGACUGCUACAUCAGAAAGAACCCGUGGCAGAACGUCCAAUACUACCUGACGUAUCUGAUGCCGAAAGUUAUGAGACUCUUUAACCACAGACCGUACGACAAGAUAGCGACGGACUUCUGUCUUGAAACCACGAAAAAAAUUGUGGACCACCGCGAACAGCACAACGUAAAACGCAACGACUUCAUGGACAUGCUGAUCCAGCUCAAAAACAACGGAAAGCUCGACGAUGCCAGUGCGGACGUGGAAAGUGACAAGUUGACUUUUUUGGAGUUGGCCGCACAAGCGAGCCUGUUUUUCGGCGCGGGCUUCGAAAGCACGUCCACCAUGAUUUGCAUGGCCCUGUAUGAGCUAGCUUCGAACCAAAAGUUGCAGGAUAGGUUGAGGGAGGAGAUUUCCAGGGAGCUGGAGAAAUACGAUGGCAAAAUGACUUACGAGGCCAUGAUGAGCUGUACAUAUUUAGAUCAAGUUAUCAACGAAACCUUCAGAUUGUACCCAAUACUAAAUGGUUUGGAUAGGGUAUGCACCAAAACCUACAAUGUACCUGGAACCGACGUGGUUAUUGAAAAGGGCACCAAAGUCAUAAUACCAGUGGUGGGGUUGCAAAGGGAUCCUGAAUAUUACCCUGACCCCAUGAAAUUCGACCCGGAAAGGUUUUCAGAGGAAAACAUAAAAAAUAUACAACCGUUUACGUUCAUACCGUUUGGAGCUGGGCCGAGAUUCUGUAUUGCUGAAAGAUUUGGACGAAUGCAAACCAAAGUUGGACUGGCAACCAUAAUAAAAGAUUACAAAUUAACAGUAAACCCAAAAACCAAAGUGCCAAUUGAUUGUGACCCAAAAAGCUUUUUUAUCGUUAUAAAAGGAGGAAUAUGGUUAAAUUUUGAAAGAGUUAAUUUAUAA